CGUAUAUUCUGGAGAAAAGUCUUUGUCCCCCACAUCUGAGUUUCUGUGUUAAUUGGGGGUGUGUCUAGGUUGCCUGUGGAGCAGAGACGAUGGAGUCCCUGGAUCACAUGCUGACAGACCCCCUGGAGCUGGGUCCCUGUGGCGACGGCCAUGGUAGCCGCAUCAUGGAAGACUGUCUGCUGGGGAACACACGGGUCAGCCUGCCCGAGGACCUCCUGGAGGAUCCUGAGAUAUUCUUCGACGUGGUCAGUCUAUCCACAUGGCAAGAGGUCUUAAGUGACGCUCAACGAGAGCACCUUCAGCAGUUUCUGCCACACUUUCCUGAGGAGGGUCUUGGGCAGCAGGACCAGCUCAUCCUGGCGCUCUUCAGCGGGGAGAACUUCCGCUUUGGGAACCCACUGCACAUUGCCCAGAAGCUCUUUCGAGAUGGACAUUUUAACCCUGAGGUGGUCAAGUAUCGGCAGCUGUGCUUCAAGUCCCAGUACAAGCGCUACCUCUCCUCACAGCAGCAGUAUUUCCAUCGGCUGUUGAAGCAGAUCCUGGCCUCGAGGACUGACCUCCUGGACAUGGCGCGGCGCAGUGGCCAGGCUCUGUCCCUGCGCCACAAACGCCCAUCGCUGUCGCGUGCCCCCGAGGUGCGAGAGUGGCGUGCCCAGCAGCGCUACCUGAAGGUGCUGAGGGAGGUGAAGGAGGAGUGUGGGGACACCGCCCUGUCGUCGGAUGAGGAGGCCACGUUGGAUUUACAAGAAAACUUUUCUUUUGAAGAUCUCGGCUCAUGGCUUCCCAGCUCCCCAGCGUGUUCUCCUAGCCCUUCGGUGCCCCUGCGGGUGGUGCCCACACUCUCCACCACGGACAUGAAAACUGCAGAUAAAAUUGAACUGGGGGACAGUGACCUGAAGAUGAUGCUGAAGAAGCACCAUGAGAAGCGGAAACGCCAGCCAGACCACCCGGACCUUUUGACAGGGGAUCUGACCCUCAGUGACAUCAUGGCUCGGGUCAAUGCUGGCAGGAAGGGCUCUCUUGCAGCUCUGUAUGACUUGGCUGUCCUGAAAAAGAAGGUGAAGGAAAAGGAGGAAAAGAAGAAGAAGAAAAUAAAAAUGAUCAAGUCAGAAGCUGAGGACCUGGCUGAGCCCCUCCGGGCCCCGGAGGGGCUGGUCCCGCUGUCUCCAACGCCCUCUCCCUUGGCCAUCCCGACCAUCAAGGAGGAGCCUCCUGAAGAUCUCAAGCCUUCCCCCCUUGGAAUCAAUGAAAUCUCCUCUAGUUUUUUCUCCCUUCUCUUGGAGAUCUUGCUGCUAGAGGGGCAAGCCAGCCUCCCCCUGCUGGAGGAGCGGGUUCUGGAUUGGCAGUCAUCUCCAGCUAGUUCUCUCAACAGCUGGUUUUCUGCAGCCCCUCACUGGGCCGAGCUGGUACUACCUGCUCUGCAAUAUCUUGCUGGAGAAAGCCGGGCUGUACCAUCCAGUUUCUCUCCCUUUGUUGAAUUCAAGGAGAAAACCCAGCAGUGGAGAUUGCUUGGCCAGUCUCCGGAGAAUGAGAAGGAGCUCACAGUUCUCUUCCAGCUUUGGCUUGAAACCAAAGACCAGGCUUUCUGCAAGCAGGAAAAUGAGGACAGUUCCGACACCACGGCCCCCAUCCCCCGGGAAAGGACUGACUACGUGGUGCGGCCUAGCACUGGUGACGAGAAGCGGGUUUUCCAGGAGCAGGAGCGGCACCGCUACGCGCAGCCUCACAAGGCCUUCACAUUCCGCAUGCACGGCUUUGAGUCAGUGGUGGGGCCCGUGAAGGGCGUGUUUGACAAGGAGACUUCACUCAACAAGGCACGGGAGCACUCGCUGCUGCGCUCGGACCGGCCGGCCUAUGUCACCAUUCUGUCUCUGGUUCGGGACGCUGCUGCACGGCUGCCGAAUGGUGAGGGCACCCGGGCAGAGAUCUGUGAGCUGCUCAAGGACUCCCAGUUUCUGGCCCCUGAUGUCACCAGCACUCAGGUGAACACGGUGGUGAGCGGCGCUCUGGAUCGGCUCCAUUAUGAGAAGGACCCAUGCGUCAAGUACGACAUUGGCCGCAAGCUCUGGAUCUACCUGCACCGAGACCGGAGUGAGGAAGAGUUUGAGCGGAUCCAUCAGGCCCAGGCUGCUGCUGCCAAAGCCAGGAAAGCCCUUCAGCAGAAGCCCAAGCCCCCGUCCAAGGUGAAGGCCAGCAGCAAAGAGAGUGUCGGGAAGGGCCUGGGCUGCAGUCCAGCUGAGCAGAGCCAGCUAAGCCUCAGUGACUCCAGCAUGCCCCCCACUCCAGUCACCCCUGUGGCCCCCACCCCGCCUGCUCUUCCCACUACUCCCAUUUCCCCUCCGCCCAUGGCAGCCACCAGCAAGAGCUGCUCUGUUCCGGAGCCUGCCAAGUCCAGUUCAAGCGUUCUCCUGGUAUCCUCGCCGCCCAUGCAGCAGCUCGGACCCAUGCUGUCCCCAACGGCCAGCCAGACCUCACCCGCUGCACAGACCACGGCUCGUGUCAUUGGUCACUCUGGUCCAGCCGGGCUUCCCCAGGUACGCGUGGUGACCCAGCCCAGCCUCCCCACCACCCCGCAGCCCUCAACAGGACCCACACAGGCAAUGCCGCAGAUGAGCCCUGGGCCCCAGAUCCGAGCACCCACUGCCACCACUGCACAGACCAAAGUCGUCCCCCAGACAGUCAUGGCUACGGUUCCUGUCAAAUCUCCGGCAGUAGCUGCCAGUGGGCAGCGGCCUGGCCUCACAGUGACAAGUCUCCCUGCCGCCACCACUAGCCCCACCAGCAAGCCUGCCACGAGUGGGCCUGGGACCUCUGCACCCAGCACAUCCACGGCAGCAGUUAUUCAGAAUGUCACGGGCCAGAACAUCAUCAAGCAGGUGGCAAUCACCGGGCAGCUUGGUGUGAAGGCCCCGGCGGGCAGCAACAUCCCGCUAGCAGCCACUAACUUCCGCAUCCAGGGUAAGGACGUGUUGCGUCUGCCGCCCUCUUCCAUCACCACCGACGCCAAAGGCCAGACAGUUCUACGAAUCACUCCGGACAUGAUGGCCACGCUGGCUAAGUCCCAGGUCACCACAGUCAAACUGACCCAGGACCUCUUCGGGACAGGAAGUGGCACUGUGGGCAAAGGCAUCUCUGCCACCCUGCACGUCCACCCAGCAGAGAGCCCUGCCAAGGCCGGUUCAGCCAGCGCCCCUCCAUCCACUUCAACAGGUACCACCGUGGUCAAGGUGACGCCUGACCUCAAGCCUGCAGACUCCCCGAGCUCCGCCCUCCGCCUGAUGCCUGCCCUUGGUGUAAGUGUGGCAGAGCAGAAGGGGAAAAACACGGUGGCUGCCACUUCGGACCCCAAGCCUGCUGCUACCAUCCGCAUUGUGCAGGGCCUGGGCGUGGUGCCCCCCAAAGCAGGCCAGACCAUCACGGUGGCCGCCCACACCAAGCCAGGUUCAUCUGUGGCCGGCGCUUCUGGAACUGUGCAUACCUCAGCCGUGUCCUUGCCCAGCAUCAAUGCCACUAUGUCCAAGACUGUGGCCGUAGCAUCUGGGACAGCCAACACUCCCAUCAGCAUUGGGCCAGGAGCCCCCACAGUUCGGCAGGUCCCUGUCAGCACCACAGUCGUGUCCACGUCCCAGACUGGGAAGCUGCCAACGCGGAUCACUGUGCCUCUCUCUGUCAUCAGCCAACCCAUGAAGGGCAAGAGCGUGGUCACUGCCCCCCUCAUCAAGGGCAACCUUGGUGCCAACCUCAGUGGGCUGGGCCGAAACAUCAUCCUCACCACCAUGCCUGCGGGCACCAAGCUUAUCGCCGGCAACAAGCCUGUCAGCUUCCUCACUGCCCAGCAGCUGCAGCAGCUCCAGCAACAAGGCCAGGCCACUCAGGUACGGAUCCAGACGGUACCGGCGGCCCACCUUCAGCAGGGCACGGCAGCCAGCUCCUCCAAAGCCGUAUCCACUGUGGUGGUGACCACAGCCCCAUCCCCCAAACAGGCACCCGAGCAGCAGUGAUCAGGGUUGUAAGCUGCCUGCGUGGCCUAGUAGGAGGACAGGUCUCUACAUACCAGCAGCCUGGAUGCCAUGCCCACCCAGUCUAUGCCAAGAGGUUGUGCCCAGGCACCAGGCUGAUUCUGGCCCAUCCAGGAGUGGCUCCACCUAGCAGGUGCGGCUCCAUGUGGCAGGCGCUUGAGGCGUGGCCAGGCAAGCAGCCCCUGGGAUGGAGCUGUGGCAGGCGCCAUCGCGCUGUGUGGUUUCCGUGCUUCUUGGGACAAACAAGUGGACUGAGAAGGAGUUUCUGUGUCGAGAUUUUUAUGUAACUUAUUUUUUUAAAAAAACUGUUGCACAU